CUGUUGCGACUCUCAGCAUAUCUCAGUCUCCAGUUGCUCGCCAACUCGCAGAAAGCCACAAAUGGCAAGCAGUGAAAACGGCACGAAUCCGCAGAGGAAGAAAAUAUGGCGUACCCAAACCUGUCUCUGCAGCGUCACCUGCGGAUCAUCUUCGUGCAGCUGUGCGUUCUCUACGGCGAGCCGGCGGCGGCCAAGAUCUCGGCCCUCAUCGUGUUCGGCGACUCCACGGUCGACACGGGCAACAACAACUUCAUCUCCACCCUCGUCAAGAGCGACUUCAAGCCCUACGGACGCGACCUGCAGCUGGAGAACGGCCGUCCCACAGGCCGCUUCUGCAACGGCCGCCUCACUGUCGACUUCGUCUCCGAGGCGUUCGGCCUACCGCCCCUCGUGCCACCCUACCUCGACCCGAGCAGAAACAUCAGCAACCUCGUUGCCGGCGCCUGCUUCGCCUCCGCUGGCGCCGGCUACGACAAUGCCACUUCAGAUAUUUUCUCCGUGCUCACGAUUUGGAAGGAGCUGGAGUACUUCGAGGAGUACGCGGCCAAGCUGAGGAGCUUCCAGGGAGACGACAGGGCGCGGGAGACGCUCACGGAGGCCCUCUACCUGGUCAGCAUGGGCACCAACGACUUCCUCGAGAACUACUACGCCGUGCCGCGCGGCCACGCCAAGGAUUACCCCACGGCGGCGGCCUACGGCACCGACUACCUGCUGGGCGUCGCGGAGUCGUUCGUGCGCGCGCUUCACGCGCUGGGCGCGCGCAAGGUCGACCUUAACGGCCUGCCGCCCAUGGGCUGCCUCCCCAUGGAGCGUGCCGUGCUGGGUGGCGCGUGCACCGAGGACUACAACGUGGUCGCCGAGGGAUUCAACGCCGGCCUACGCGCGCUGAUCGACAGGCUCAACGCCGAGCUCGACGGCGCCAGGGUCGUCUACGGCGACGUCUACGGCCCCGUCGCCGACGCGCUCGGGCGCCCCGCGUCGUACGGGCUGGAGAACGUCGAGGCCGGGUGCUGCGGCACCACCGGGCUCUUCGAGAUGGGGUACAUGUGCAACUCCCGGAGCCCGCUGACGUGCGCGGACGCCGGCAAGUUCGCGUUCUGGGACGCCAUCCACCCCACGGAGCGCCUCCAUCGCGCCCUCGCCGACGCAAAGAUGAACACCACGCUCCACGUCUUCCUAUGAUUCAAUCCAAUCGGCGACAACCUAGCUGCUGUAUGUUGCCUGCACGCUACAACUCGAAAUAUGUCAAUGCAGCAAAAAAUCAUCCUAAUGCACCACAACAUCUAAAUAUAUCCACGCAGGAAAAAAAAAUUUGGUAUGCAACAAGUCCACAUUGGUUGCCUCGAAACAUCUCUUGGAGAACAACAUUGCCAUUGCUA